AAUAUAUAUUUUUCUAUAUUUAUUUUCCCUUUCUUUCUUUUUGUCUGCGCUGUUGACGUAGUAACAGAGAUGGUCCGGCUAGGGAUUUUCAUUUUCCUCCUGUUCCUCACUCUUGUAGGAGAAACUUCAUCAUCAAGUGAUCUGCCCAGGGUUUGUGAGUGUGAGCAAGUGCAAUUCACGUCCAACAAUAUUGAAGAUGACACACCUCAGAUUCUACUCCCUUGGACUCCUUGUCAGGAGAUGCAGCUGAUUGUGACAGGAGGCUGUGCAAAAGCAUCGAGUGACUACAAGUGGCUUACUUCAGAUACAAGCAUUAUAUCUGUGUCGCCUUAUGGCAUUAUCAAGGCAAAGAGGCCUGGCAUAGCCACUGUGAAGGUGGUGUCGACUAUUGAGCCGCAAAAUUUUGAUGAGAUUUUUGUCAAAGUUGUCGUUCCACCCCCUAUGGUUAUGUGGCAAAAUGUUCUGGUAGAGACCGUUGUCGCAUCACGUCUACAAAUAGGCGUCACAAUGAAAUAUUCGAAAGGUGCUCAAAAUUUCGAUACAACGCUACAUAGAAAUAGCACACAUACUGAUUCUGUUAAGGAAACACUCUCAUCGAGAAGAUGUAGUACUUAUCCAUUGAAAUUCAGGAAAAACAAGUUUGUAGCUCUUGACAAUGGAAAGAAAGCUACAUUUGAAUGCCACGUAAAACCUCCUUUUAUAGGAACUUCAAAGCCAUGGAUAGAGCUUCAAACGGGAAAUAUCUAUUGCAUAUUCUUCUCAAACUUAAACAACAUGAAACCCCUCAAAGGAGCUUCAUCCGCGCUUCUUCUGGGACGCCUUUCUGUGUCGGGAACUAGAAAGACGAUGAACAUAACUUCAGAGUUCAACAAUGUCAUCAUUACUAUACUCGAGAACUCUGAUGUUCAAAUUCAUCGGCGCAAAAAAGAGUCCUUAUCAAUGAACUCGCGGGUAGAUGUUGGUGUCCCAAAAACUGAGGUUGAAAUGAUUGUCACGCUCUCAGCCGCUGGUCAGAAGAUGAUUAUCCGCUAUGAGGUUGACGAAUCGCAGAUACCGGUGAACCCGUACUUUGUCUAUUUGCUCAUGGUCCCUUUCCUCGACUUCAUCGUGAUAAUUAUUUUAGUGAAAGCGUUGCCGCGGCAACGUAGGAAACUGAAAUAAGUGUAAGAAAAUCUUGACAAAAAAGUGUAAGAAAAUCCCUUUCUCUAAAAUAAGUUAUGGAACUUACCAGAGUGUUACUGUGGUCUUUUAAUAAGGAAAAUUGUCAAAUUUAUCCUUUCUAAUGUCUUCGUGCUGUGAAGUAGAAUGGAUAAAGCCGAUUUUUUAGAAAGCGUAAUGGCCACAAUGUUUAUGAGUUGAUUGUAAAUGGAAAAAUUGGGAGUUGUAAAGGAUUUCUUACCGGCGGUGGAUUUAGGAAUAACAGGUUCUUUGAGCCACAUAAGUAUUGGCCACAAUGAGGAGGAACAAAGUGGAAGGCGAAAAACAUGACACAAAGUGGAUAUGCAUUGACACAAAGUGGAUAUGCAUUGACACAACGUCAGAGACGAUGACUACACGGUUUUGUUCUCUCAUGUAGCUGUCCAGAUGUGUGAAAUUUAGCAACACAAGGAUCUGUAGAAGGGACAACGUGAUCGUUCGGUACGAAGGUUAAUUAUCACACUGGCGACAACAAAAGUAUAACCAGAUAAGGUUAAACAAAUUAAAUAACACAAUCUCUUUAGCUAAAAAAGAAAACAACUUUUUUUUUCGAAAGACUUGGGCGUUUUCUACAAGAGAAAAUCACAUAGGAGAACAUAUUUUCAUUUUCUAAUUACAUAGGAGGACACAUUUGACUUGCCACACACAUUGUUACUGUCUAAUGACCUAAACAGUAUUAACUAGACACUCUGCAAACUGAUAACAAUCCAAACCACAAAGGAACCGUUUUCCCUGUCCACA